AUGUGCCGAAAUCUCUCCAAUAAAAACGAUGCGAAGGAAGCUGACGAGAAGAAGUCCAGCAAAUCAGGUUUCAGCGAGGGAGAUAGUUGUUUAGCCAAUGUUUCCUGCGACGAUAAGAUGUUUCUACCGUUAUUAAGAGUCAAGAUGCGCGGACCAAAAGAGUUGAUAACUGUUCGAGCUGUUAUUGAUACCGGUUCACACCGAUCCUAUGUGUUAGAGAAGGUGGCCAAGAACCUUGGUUACGAAACGAAAGGUGAGCGAACGAUGAUACAUCUGCUGUUCGAGGGAAUCAAGACCAGACCUCAGAAACAUAAAACCUGUCGGAUUCGUAUCGAUAAUCUGAAGGGAACAUACCAAUGCGAUUUUGUCGCCUUACAACAAGACACUAUUUGUCAGGAUACUCCACCGGAAACUAAUGGGCCUUGGGUGGAUGAACUGGAAAAGAAGAACAUACGGUUGAGUGACACCGGCGAAGGCAGCGAAUCCAUUUCUUUGUUAAUAGGAGCCGAUUUUGCAGGUAAAAUAAUCACGGGUAAAGUUAUACAAAUAGAUCCGGGGAUAACAGCAUUGGAGACAAAAUUAGGAUGGACAAUCUUAGGCUAUGAUUUCGAGGAUGGAAAUGAAACAGAUACGGCACUGAUGGUUGUCUCCAUGUACGCACAAGAAGCCGACAUAUCACAUUUAUGGAGACUCGAUACGUUGGGCAUUACUGACCCCAUAGAGAACGUUUCAAAGGAAGCACGUCAAGCUGAGAUUAAGAAGAUAUUCCUGGAAACGACGGAGAUCUCAAAAGAAGGACGUUAUGAGGUCAUGCUACCCUGGAAGGAAAGUUAUCCGCCGUUGCAAGACAAUAAAGAGGUAGCAGAAAAACGAUUGAAUCUCAUGACCAAGAAAUUGAAACAGGAGAGCUUGUUUGAAGAUUACAAUUUGAUCUUUUGCAAUUGGCUCGCUGAAGAUAUCAUUGAGAAAGUACCUGUACACGAAAGCGACAAAGAGAGUUUUUAUCUACCACACCGGCCUGUCAUUAAAGAAGAAGGAACAACAAAAAUCCGGCCGGUUUUUGACGCUUCAGCAAAAAGUAGAAAGGAUUCGCCGUCGCUCAACCAAUGCCUCGAAACAGGGCCUAACCUUAUUGAGCUCAUUCCAGCACUGCUGCACCGGUUUCGAGAACAGAAGAUAGGAGUGACAGCAGAUAUUGCAAAAGCCUUUUUGCAGAUUAGCGUCUCCCCGAAGGAUAGAGAUGUUCUGAGAUUCCUGUGGUGGGAUGCCAACGGGGAAAUAGAGAUUUAUCGACAUCGUCGGGUUGUCUUCGGCGUAACCAGCAGCCCUUUCCUUUUGGGAGCUACCUUAGAGUUACUCAUCGGAAAAGCCGUGAGUUCGGCUGCUUCGCCACAGAAAAACCAAGUGUAUGAGAAAUUAACGAAGUUUUUUUAUGUAGAUGAUUGCAUUACUAGCGUCGAUUCUUAUUCUGAUUUUGAGGUUUUUCAGAGAGAAGCCAGCUCUCUUUUAAGCAGAUCCAAGUUCCAUUUGAGAGAUUGGAAAUAUACAGGAAUGGAUUGCGAGAAACGAGCAACAGUUCUGGGGCUCAUCUGGAAUACCAAGAGUGACACUCUUUCGCUGGCAGGCUUUCCCUCGCAGCUUUUAGAGGAGAAGAUUACGAAGAGAAUCGUGUUAUCAUAUGUACAGAAGAUUUUUGAUCCUCUGGGCGUCAUUUGUCCCGUGUUGUUGAGGCCAAAAUUAUUGUUGCAACGUCUUUGGACCCGACAUACAGACUGGGACACGGAGAUCGAUCCGGAGAGCAAAGGGGAAUUUCUAGAGUGGACACGACGAUUGAAUCUCCUUCGUCUUUUAAGACGCAAGCAAGGAUGCUUAUGCGGCCGUCCUCUUUAUACGAGUGGAAACAAGCGAAGGGAUCAAAGUACACACUUAAUUGAGGCUAAGUCAAGAUUAGCGCCGAAAAGCAAGAAGACUAUUCCACGUCUCGAAUUGAUGGUUGCUUCCAUUGGAGCAAGAUUAAUGCAUUCGUUCGACAAGGCGAUGGAUUAUCAAAACGUCAAGAGAUAUUUUUGGAGUGAUUCAACCACUGCCCUAGCAUGGAUACGGCAAGCGAGACAGUGGACAGUAUUUGUUUGGAAUCGCGUCCAAGAAAUCAGAAGCCUUACAGAGGUUGUGUCAUGGAGAUAUGUACCAGGAGCUAUAAAUCCCGCGGAUCUACCUUCGCGAGGAUGCGAUGCGAGGAAACUUCUAGAUUCAAGAUGGUGGGAGGGACCCGCCUGGCUAAAGAUGCCCCCUGAAGACUGGCCUGCGAGUGAAGAAAAAAUUAAUGAAGAGGCGGUUAAUAUGGAACUGCGUAAAACAGCUGACCGACUUAAAGAACGGUCCUAUCCAAAGAAUGCUAAAAAAGGAAUCGUUAUGAUGGAUGCUGCAGAGAAAACAAAAGAAGAGGAUAUUCCUUGGUACCUGCAGAGAUUCUCGACAUAUCCUAAAAUUUUGCGUACGAUGGCCUGGAUAUUAAGAUUCAUAGGCAAUUCUCAGAGAAUGCAUGUAGUCGUCGAUCAAGAAUUGACUGCAAAAGAGAUCACUGCAGCAGAAUACCCCAUAGUAUUGGAUCCCACACAUUUAUUGACGAAAAGAAUGAUCCAUUAUACUCAUUUGAAACUUAAUCACGCAGGUAUCGACAUUGUCAUGAAUAAUUUAAGAGAGAAAUUCUGGAUCCUUCGGUAUCGUCGCACGGUACGCGCCGUUAUUUACAAAUGUACGAUCUGCCGUCGACACAGGGUGAAGAAUAUAGAGGUAUCGUCUGGACCAUUACCGGAGGACAGAGUACGAGACGCCGCAGCUUUCGAAGUCACCGGCGUCGAUUACGCAGGUCCACUUUUCUUAAAAGGUGGCUGCAAAGCUUAUAUUUGUUUAUUUACCUGCGCAGUCUAUCGUGCGGUCCACCUAGAGUUAGUUACAUCAUUGUCAACGGAGGAAUUCAUAGAGGCCUUCAGAAGAUUCAUAGCACGGCGAGGAAGGCCCUCCGUCGUCUACAGUGACAAUGGAAGAAAUUUCAUGGAACUGGCGAAUUUGCUACUGAAGAUCAACUGA